UAGUGAUUAAAUUAAGAUUGAAAGUAAACAAAAGAGCAUAAUUGGAGAGUUCAUCCAUGUGAUCAAUCUCCCGCUGCAAUGCAAUGCGCAUGCUUGUUCAUCUCCCAACAUCAUCAUUGACAAACCCUAAUCCCUUACCAAAAUGGUGAAAAAGGUCCCCGAUUGGCUUAACAGCUCUCUCUGGUCCUCAUCGCAGUCAUCCUCUCCCCCAUCCACCGCGGCCAGCCCCUUCCAACAGCCUUCGCGUCCUCUGCGCCACGCCGCCACCAUCCCUUCCGAACCUCCUCCGCCUCCCGUCGUCCAAGAUCCUCCACUGACGCAGAUAAUCGAAGAUUCGCCAAUCGAAGAACACGGCGACGUCUUUCCCUCAGGCUACGACGUCACUCGCCAGGCUCAAUUGCUGGCCGAGUUGUCGAAGAAGGUGGUGGAUAUGAGCGAGUUGCGGAGUCGCGCGUGUCAAGGUAUUCCUGAUGCUGCUGGGAUACGCUCUACUGUAUGGAAGCUUUUGCUUGGAUAUCUUCCGCCGGAUAGAGGGCUUUGGUCAUCUGAAUUAGCAAAGAAGAGGUCCCAGUACAAGCAAUUCAAAGAGGAAAUUUUGAUGAAUCCUUCAGAAAUCACAAGGAAGAUGUACAAUCCAACAAUUUGUGAUACUGAUGAUGCUGACUGUGGAAGGGUGUUGCUCUCUAGAUCAGAAAUCACUCAUGGGGAACAUCCUUUGAGUCUUGGGAAGACCAGUGUAUGGAAUCAAUUUUUCCAGGAUACAGAGAUCAUAAAUCAAAUUGACCGAGAUGUAAAGCGCACUCAUCCUGAUAUGCAUUUUUUCUGUGGUGAUUCCCAAUUUGCUAAAUCUAAUCAGGAGGCUUUGAAGAAUGUAUUAAUUAUUUUUGCGAAGUUAAACCCAGGUGUAAGAUAUGUGCAAGGGAUGAAUGAGUUAUUGGCUCCUCUCUUCUACGUCUUCAAAAAUGACCCAGAUGAGGAAAAUGCAGCCUUUGCUGAAGCAGACGCAUUCUUCUGUUUUGUUGAGCUCUUGAGUGGUUUACGAGAUAACUUUGUUCAACAACUUGACAAUAGUGUUGUGGGAAUCCGUUCAACCAUUACAAGAUUAUCCCAGCUUUUGAGAGAACAUGAUGAAGAGCUGUGGCGUCAUCUUGAGGUCACCUCCAAAGUCAAUCCUCAAUUCUAUGCAUUUAGAUGGAUUACUCUCCUCCUGACUCAGGAAUUCAAUUUUGCUGACAGCCUUCACAUUUGGGACACUCUUUUAAGUGAUCCUGAUGGUCCUCAGGAGACUCUUCUUCGGGUAUGUUGUGCAAUGCUUGUUCUCGUUCGCAAGCGCCUCCUUGCGGGUGAUUUCACUUCAAAUCUUAAGUUACUGCAAAAUUAUCCUACCACAAACAUUAGUCAUUUGCUUUAUGUUGCCAACAAGUUUGGUGUACAGUCAGUCUAAUGUUUCUCUCCCAUUAUCCUUUGCAUUUUGCUUUUGUACUUUCUCUUUCAAAUUGAAUGAUUAUAAAUGGCUUUUAAGUGUGAGCCUCAGUGCAGUGCUGUUUAUUUAUUUUUAGUUCUAAUUUGUACGUAAUUUUUGUGGAUAGUCAAAUUUGAGUUCGGUUAAAUACGCUUAUAUUACCAUGAACUGUUUUUUGUUUUU